AGUCAGCCGCGCGCCACCGAUACGAGUGCUUCCCCGCGCGAGUGACGACACCCGGCACACCGCCUCGCUCAGCGGACUAUGCUACAGCAGAUGUUCUCACCGAACUACAGCGUCGGUGAGGUCGUGUCUCUCGUGCGCCCCUUCGAAGGACGAUUGUGUGGUGAUACUUCAUCGGAGGCUUCCUCGGAUGCUGCGGAGGAGUGCGGAGACUUACCACAGUGCAAGAUAAGGCGGAAUUAUAACUGUGUCAAGUGCAAGUUUUUCACGCAGAACCCGCGCGUUUAUUUAGUGCACAUACGUGACGUUCAUUUCGAAAAGUUUAAAAUAUAUGACUGUCCACAUUGUGUUUAUGCCUCGAGGCAUCACCAGAAACUUACAAGACAUAUAAAAAUGGUUCACGCCACGUCAACUUCUGCGAUGUCCACCAAAAUGGAUACGGAACUACCCGCAACCGUUCCUAACACUUUAGAACCGUUAGAGCGAAUCGAAGAUUUGCUCGAGGAAGUCGAAGAAUGUGAUGACAUUGAAAUAGAUGUAGAUGACUGCAACGAAGAGUCAUACGAGCGUUCCGCUGAAGCGAACAUUGAUAGCGAUAAGAUCAGUGACGCCGUUCUAGAAGCAGCGCUAAAGAAUAAGGGCAAAUAUUUUUCAUGUAACAAAUGCAACUACGUGACCCAUAUAAAGGCCAGAUUUACGAAACAUGUGAAAUAUCACUCAAUGCCGAUGAUUAAAUGCACUAUAUGUGAUUUUCGCUCGCCGUAUAAGUGGAAUCUAGAUCGCCACAUGAAGAACCACGGCGGCAAUGGAAACUUCAAGUGCUUCAUGUGCAACUUCACCGCGGAUAUCAAGCAGAGUCUGACGUUGCAUGAGUUGAAUCAUCACACGCCGCCCGUGGGCCAAUCGGCGGCGAGUCGCCGUCGCAAUCGGGUGGGUGCCAGUGACAUGGCGGACGCUGUCAUCCUGAAGGAGGAAGGGAGCGGCGAUUCGCGAUCCUCUUUCUCGGCUUCGGAUAUGCAAAAUGCCGAAAAAGAUAUUGUCAGCUGCCACAGCGAUUCCAACGACGCCGAUGCCGCAUCGGACAAGGCUGCCAGAAGAGAUACAAUUCAAGAGGAGCUGGUACAAGACGUACAGAAUCAGCUGUCUCCCAACACUACUGCAGAUGACGCCAAAUCUCAAAAACAAAACCGAAAAACUCCCAGACCACCACCACCACUCAUACCGUUGCAUGCAUCAACGCCUCAAAACAAAAUGCCUAAUGGUGAACCACCAGCGAAGAAAUUUAAAGAAACUCCCACUACAGAAUCGACAGACUUUAACAAAGGUAGUAAAUUCGAGAACUUACCAGUCGAUAUUAGCCUUAUACCCGUAAAUAACAUUCCCGCGAGCAAUAAAGAAGCGCCUGGUCGUAAGAAAAACAAUUCAUUUUUCGAUAAACUCAAAGAGAGAUUGUUAACAGAGACAGGAGAAGAUGGAUCUCUGAUCUGUAAAAAUUGUGGUUUUGAAAGUAAAUGUCUAUCAGAACAUUCCGUACACGAGAAAAACUGUACUGCUCAAUUAAACCGAACAUCUACUAACACAUUGCUUCCGAGUCUGAGUUCGACUCGUUGUCAAAAUUGCAGACACAGAUGCAAAUCCAGUGCAGACUUAUAUAUUCACAUGCAAACCUGCAGGAAGAGCGAGAAAAAUGGAGAUAUUGCUUCGGAAAUAAAAAGUCAAGACAGUAAUGAGGGCGAGAUUUCAACACUAGAGAAAGAGAGUGAACCGCAUCCUAUGGAAAAUGUAGUUUUUGUUUGGAACAAUAUCAGUCACAAUGCAAAUAAGUACGACACUCCUCUAGACAUUAAUAUUAACGACGAUUCCACUCUUCCGGAAAUGACUAGAACAUACGACACAGAAACUGCAGAUGACAACGAAAGUAUGAAUUUAUCGCCUAGUCAAGCAAUGGGAAAGAAAGUUUUCAAAUGUCCACAUUGUCCAUUUUGGGCUUCGACGGCGUCGAGAUUCCACGUACAUAUUGUGGGACAUUUGAACAAAAAGCCAUUCGAAUGUUCCCUCUGCAAGUAUAAAUCUAACUGGCGCUGGGAUAUUACCAAGCAUAUUAAGUUAAAGUCAGCCCGAGAUCCAGAACAUAACGAAGCGAAAGUGCUCAUGACAGAUGAAACUGGCCGAAGAAAUUACAGUAAAUACAAUAAAUUCUUAGCAAUGUCUACGUUAAACGAGAACGGCGAAAAUACUUUCCACUACAUAGAUUUAAAUACAACAGCUGACGCGUCAAUGGAAAUUGAAGAGUCUUUAAACGAAGUAACAGAUAAUAUCAGCCAGGGAGUAGAGAUGCAACCACUUAAUUUACAAACUUAUGGCAAUGAUCAAAAUUACGAUAUGAUGGGCACCAACUUCGACAUGAAGAAACCCAAGAAGACAUUAUGGAAGUGCAAAAAAUGCAAUUAUAGAGAUUCGUCCAAAGAGGCUUUAUUGGAACAUGUACGUGAGCACGCCCGCGCAGAAGGAAACCAAGACGAUAUCAAAAUAGGAAAGAAGCCAGAAAACCUUCCGGAUCCAGCUGACCUGGCGUAUCGUUGUGGGCACUGUAAUCAACUGUCAAACUGGAAACAUGUAAUACAGAGACAUUGUCGCUUAAAACACGAAGGAGUCAUAAAAGUUAUAACAACAGUCAAGCCAAAACCAGACACGACUAUACCUCUGAACGAACUGAACGAAAUCUCCAGCGACGCCUGUAACAAAUGCCCCUUCAAGACUACUGAUAAAAAGUUAAUGUUCUCACAUAUCCAGCAGCAUCAGCCGUCACCUCUAUCAAUAUUCAAAUGUUUCUUCUGUCCCUACUUUGUUAAGGACGAACACGAAUUGAUACAACAUUUACUUUUACACGGAGUUUCUGAACCAGAAGAAUACAUUGCCAAAGCAAUGGGCCGCAAAUCUCCACCUUCGGAGCUAGGGGGCAUCGCUACGAGUAGUUUAUCAACAAAACGACACAAGUGCACAGAAUGCCCUUACGAAACCAACAGCAAGUCACAAUACAUGUAUCAUGAACAAUUUCAUCGACUUCCUGCAGAUACCCCAUACAAAUGUCCAGAGUGCAAUUAUAGCGUUUCUAAAAGACAUCUUCUCCAUCAACACUUAAGAGUGCACGGCAUACUGCCGAAAAAAAUUGAAUCGGAAGCUGAAUUAGAAGCAAAAUCAGAUAUUAAAAUAGAAUACUCGAUGAAUCUUGAUGAAAUUUCGUUUGUCUGGGUAUCGGCCAAAAAUGAAUUCCAUAAAAUGUACAAAUGUCGCUACUGUUCUUAUGUGAACUCACAAAAGUGUAAAAUACCGAACCACGAGAAAAUACACUGCAUUGUUUUUGAGAAUAGCGAUAUCACAAUUUAUAAGUGUUUAGAAUGCAAAUUUACCUGUGACAGCGCAAUAAGAUUAGCAGAGCAUUCCAAAACCCAUAGUGAAAUAUAUGGUCGUAUUUACUGUCCUGUGGAGCCUGACAUACCAGACGAAGAACAAAUAGCCAAACUGCGAAAAGUUAUUGAAUUAGAGAAAUCUGUUGCUUCUGAAGGUAUACCUAAAGAGGAGAAGAUAGUAAAUGAAAAUAACGAAACCAAAAUUUUAUACUUUUGUCAGAUGUGUCCAGCUCGAUUUUUUACUGAUGAAGAACUCAAAAUUCAUGAUAAGUUUCACGAUUCUUCAUUUCCAAAUAAAUGUAAACGGUGUGAAUUUUCCGUUCCGGAAGAAAACGAUUUAGCUGCCCAUGUCACUGUUCACAGCGACGAAUAUCACACUAAAACGAAAAUGCUGAAAUUCGUACAUAAUUCUCAUGGUGCUCAUAGGCAACCCAACUUAGAACUUUUCCAUUGUCCUACUACUUCUGAAAUAACAUGGGUGGUUUUGUGUCCUAAUAAAAAUUAUGAAUGUGAAUCUUCUAGUAAUAAGCGACCUCAUGAUACAAAACAGACACCAAAACAAUAUAAUUGUAAAGAGUGUCCAGCCAAAUUCUUUAAAAGUUCAGCGCUUAACUAUCAUUUGGGAUUGCACGGUGGAGAUGGUGAACAUAAAUGCAAAAAGUGUAGUUAUUCUGUGAAAAAUUUAGGCAAUCUGGCCAAACAUGAAUUGUUACAUGAGAACGAAGGAAAAACGACGACAUGCGACUACGAAUCGGGAGAAGACAUGGAUUACAAAAAUAUUCCAAUUUCCGGAACUGAUCUAUUUCAAAGAAAGACUGAAGCUCAAAAACGAGUACUUAACGAUAAAGAUAAGUUAGUAAAGCCAAACGAUCAUUUCCCGCCAGUAUUGCAAGCUGAUCCCCAAUUUGGGUAUUUAAUGCAUGGAAAUCCUGAAUUUAUUUAUCCAACUUAUUUAAAAAACGGUCGUCAGAAAGAGAAAAGAUACAAGUGCCACAAAUGUCCCUCGGCUUUUGAAAAGAGGGAACAGUAUAAAAUACAUCUAUCACUUCAUGGUUCUAAGCAAAGAUAUAAAUGUGAACUUUGUGAUUACUCUGUCAAGUAUUACGCCAAUUACGUUCAACAUAUGAGAAAGCAUCAAAUGAAUGAUGAAGCACAAGCUGAAAGAAAAAAGAUCAGUAACGGGUUUGUAGAAUCUGAAACUAAUGAAAACAAAGACGAAGAUAGUGACAACAUCAAAUUAGCAAUUAAAACAAUGCCUAGGGCAGUGCCAAAAAGCGAUUUCCAGCAGUUUUCAAUACGCGACCAACAAACGCUUCGUCUUUUGCAGCGAAGACGUUCUAUAAAUGGCAAGGAACAAAUUUCUCCAUCUGAAGCAUCACCCACAAAAGAUAGAAAAUUACAUAUAUGUUUAUUAUGCCCAUAUACUAAUCAACGACUGGACGCUUUGAAUAAUCACUAUAAAAGGCAUGAUGACGCUAAUAUUGUGAAUGCAGGACAUCAUAAAUGCUCCUAUUGUGACUUGGUCGUUGUACAAUCACAUUUCCUACGGGAGCACAUGAAAACUCAUUUCCAUUAUCAAAAGAAUUUGACGCCCGAAUGUUAUGUGGCUAACAAAGACGUCAGCUUCACUAUAGCGAAAGUAGACGACGAAGAAUCGUCUACGGAUCUCAAAUUAGAUUUGGAAUUUGCAAAUACUAAAAGCAAUGAAGAAAAGCUAUUUGUAAAGAUACAAACAGGUGAACUCAUGGUAGAAUAAGCAAUUAGAUAUAAGGAUUUUAGUAUCGUAGGAUAAAUUAAAUUAGGUAUCUAUUGAGAUAUAUUAACAGAUGAACAUAAUUAUUAUUUAGUGUAAGCCAAAUCAAAUGUGUUGAUAUUCACCAAAGUGUAGCUUGCCAUAUUAGAUUAUUAACAGUUUUGGCCAUUUCAGAUUAAUCUUAAUGAGUGCAUCUAAAUAGAAAUUAAGGUUUAUUUUAACAUUAACUCUUUAUUACAAUAAUCCGAUGGGAGUCAUGAUCGGUUUUUUAAGAGAUAUACUUUUAAAAUUAUAUAGAAACAUUCCCUUUAUAAAAGCUUUCCCAAAUGCUGAUAUGUGGUGUGAUAGAAUAUUUAUUCCAAACUAGUCUAAAUUUUUUUGGGAAAUAUGGCAAAUAUGUUACCAUACUAUUUUACUAUUUUAUACACCUAUAAAAGAUAACAUUAAAAACACUUUUUAUUCAAUGUAUAAUCAAAUUUAAAUAACUGUAAAAUUUUAAGUAACUGCUUAUUAUGAUUUUAAGUCCAUAAAGAUAAUAAACAGACAAUAAAAUUAUAUCAGAGACUCUGCAAUAUACUUUCAAAUUUUAUAUAAAACAAACUGCACACAAUAAUACAUAUUAUUAGUGUUAUGUUAUUCAAAAUACCACUUAUUAAAUUGUACCAUUAAUAAUUAUAUUGCUUUGCAUAAUUCAAAAUUAAAAUUUUAUGUACCUAACAGAUAAAAAAAAAAUAGUUUUAUUGUGAAUGUUAAAGAAACCAUUAUGUGCCAGUUAAUAAAUAUAUUACACUACUCUGUCCUAAAGGACACAUUCCUCUUGUUAUUAAAAUUGAAUUGAAAAUAUAAAUAUGCGAAUU